AUAUGAUUCCUAUGAUUCACGUAGUGAGGAAAGAUAAAAGCUGUUUUUGCAGUUUGUUCAAGCAGUUUGUUAAAGUUUCGGUAACGUUCACUUGCCACGAUGUCGAAUUCGAAAAUUGAUGAUGUACCCCAACGUAAAUUAGUUGGAGGAUUUUCUGACGUAAAAGAUGCCGACGAGGAAAUCCAGCAGCUUUGCGACCAAGUGAAAACUCAAGUAGAGGGAAAAGCAGGCAAGAAUUUUGCGGUAUUCAUAGCCAAGCAAUACAAGAGUCAAGUUGUGGCUGGAACGAACUAUAUCAUCAAGGUUUAUGUGGGAGAUGAUGAAUAUGUUCACCUGCAGAUCUACAAAAAGCUCCCGUGUUAUGGUGGAACGGUGGAGCUGAGUAAAAUAGCUUACAUGUUGGCACAAACUGAUUCCAAUAUUUUUGUAAUAUCUAUACACCUUUAUCAGCAGCCACAGUGUUUGUUUUCCUCCCAGAAUAUACAUAUAAAAUGCGGUAUAAUUUUCUCUCGCAUUUACCCAACAUUCAGAAAAAAAUGUUUGCAUACUUCAAAACUGAGGUCACAGUCUGAAAACUUCAGUGUGAACAAUCGUCUUCUGAUGAAGUUUAUUCAAGUCCUAAAAUGGUGCCAUUGCCUUUGGGAAUGAGGAAGUUUGAAUCUUGUGUGUGUAUGUAUGUGUGUGUAC